AUGGAGCUACAGAGGAGAGAGGAGAGCCAUGUUAACAGGGAGCUACAGAGGAGAGAGGAGAGCCAUGUUAACAGGGAGCUACAGAGGAGAGAGGAGAGCCAUGUUAACAGGGAGCUACAGAGGAGAGAGGAGAGCCAUGUUAACAAGGAGCUACAGAGGAGAGAGGAGAGCCAUGUUAACAGGGAGCUACAGAGGAGAGAGGAGAGCCAUGUUAACAGGGAGCUACAGAGGAGAGAGGAGAGCCAUGUUAACAGGGAGCUACAGAGGAGAGAGGAGAGCCAUGUUAACAGGGAGCUACAGAGGAGAGCCAUGUUAACAGGGAGCUACAGAGGAGAGCCAUGUUAA